AUGAGAGACAAGGGAAAUCUCACACCGGUAAAUAGCAUGGAUUUACCUUUCCAGGAUGAGAGACAAGGGAAAUCUCACACCGUGAACAUAGCUAAAGAAAACAUAUGGGGCGAUUCUACAGACUCACUUUACAUCCCGCAGUCCCCAACACCACACGAGUCAUUUAUUAGUGAUUACCUGGACCCAGAAAUAACAUUUGUUACGGCAUACUUCAAACUCGGCAGGUUCCAGAAGGGCAAUACAGGAGAUAUUCAUUUCGAUCUUAAUACCUACGUUACAUGGAUGAAUGAAUUCGCCAACUUCAAUAACAAUGUCAUAGCUUUUACAGACUUACCUGAAAUUCAACAACAGCUCCUGGCGCUUCGUAGUCACCUCCCAAAGGAUAGAACUCAAAUACAUAUUGUUAACCAGAAGGACACAUGGGCAUUUAGUCUUGCCCCAAAAAUAAAGGAAAUAUUUGCUGAUGAAGAUUAUCCAAAACACCAUCCAAACACUGUGCUAGAGGGAUACCCUUGUGCCAUGCAUGUGAAGUAUGAGCUAAUAGAGAAAGUGAUCAGACAAAGAAUGCACCGGACAAAGUAUUUGGCAUGGAUAGAUAUAGGUUAUUUCAGAGAAAAAAAUCAGAACAUCUUUCACUUAAAAAUUCCCGUGGAUUUUCAGAACGAUCACAUCGCCUUUUUACAGAUGGGUAAAUUUGAACCAGGGCAUACAGCGUCAACAAUCAUCAGGGAUAAUAUCUUUUGGGUCGCAGGAGGAAUGUUUGUCGCAAGACCGGAGUAUCUGAUUGUGUUUGUUGAGGAUUACAAAAGAACUGUAGAAGACCUCCUCGGACGUGGGCUUAUGAGUACUGACCAACAAGUGAUUUACAUAAUGUACACAAAAUCCGAGGAAGCACGCCCUCGGAUUCCCAUACAAACCUACAGCGCCUCUUGUAAAUGCGAUUGGUUCUAUCUUGCCAAGCUUUGUCGCUUGACGUGGGAGAGGUUCCAUAAACUCAAACAAUCGACGUUCAUGGAGAUAUACCAUAGAAAUAUGUUAUGA